AUGCAGGCUCCCGAGGACCGACAAACGCAACACCCACCCGGGCCGAGCGAUGCCGCACGAACAUCCAAGGGACCGACUGGCAGGCGGCUUUCGACCGUCUACUCGCCCGCCAGCCCCAAUUCGCACCGAUUGUCUCAGAAUGUCAAACGGCUAUCCUCCAACAUCUCGCAUCGCGUCUCACUGGCCGGCCCUUCGCCUUUGUCAAGGCCGCAUCAUCUUGUCUCGGAACGCCUCAACAAAAGCCACGAUACCUUCUUGUCACACCUGGGCUCUUUUAUUGGUCGUCUCCACCUGCAGUCUCAGUCCCGGCCGGAGUUGGCCUUCGCCAUCAAGCUCUCAGCAACGUCCGGUGGGGAACUGUUGGCCGUCGUCGAUGUCGUGUGCGGGCAGAGCACCAACUCGGAGAUGCUGGCGCGGGCCAGGGACAUCAUGUUUGAGCGUAUCCGCGAAUUGGUAACAGCAGCAGGCCAGAUCAUUCGUCAUGCCGUGUUCCAGGAUGCCGAUGUCAUCAUGCCCCAGGACAACAGCAUGUUGUUGAUGGCCGCCACGGGCUGUGUCAAGGCCGCUGGCGAGUGCGUGGCCAAGACCAAAUGGGCGAUCGAGCGUGUUGGCGACUUCGAGUGCGAGUUCGAGGUGGGUGACUUGGGUAUCGACCUGAGCGUGCUGGACCUCGGCCCUGAGUCCCAUUACCGGCGUCCAUCCAAUCCCCCGUCCGUGGCAGAGACCGCGACGACGGAGGCGACUAGCGUAGCGGAGUCUUCCGACUCCGUCCAAUCCGUUGUGCCGGCAACGCCCCACCACCAACAACGACCGAGCAUCGUCGCCAACGACAAGCCGCUGCCUCAACUCCCACAGGGCGACGAUGCCAAGGCGGCUCAAGGUCAUCGACGUCGGCCCUCUUCCCAAAAUUCAUCUUCUUCCAAUUCACGACCUUCAUCACUCAACAAUGACAAUCCUUCGAACACGAUAUCUGCCGUUCCGUCGGUUCGGCCGACUCUGCCGCCUCUUCCCAAACUCUCCACAUCCCUGCUCCCGGGAGAUGAGUACAGCCCCAUCGAAAACAACAACCAGGAUGGCGACUAUAACGCAUCUUCUCGUGUUGACAGCAUGGCCGUGUCGAGUGCCGGCAGCAGCAGCACUUAUCUCAGCCGGGACUCCGAGGCUAGUCUAGUCUCCCAAACCUCUACCCGUGCAACCACUCCCGAUCACACCUUGGCCCCGAGACUCAAGCCGUCAAUGUCAGAGCUCAGCAACUCUGGAAGCGCAAAUGGCAACAGUGAAGAAGUGGACGAUGUCGAGUCUAAGAUGCUCGAGAAGACGUACGCUCACGAGCUCGUGUUCAACAAGGAGGGCCAGGUCACCGGCGGGUCACUCGCUGCUCUCGUUGAGCGCCUGACGACACACGAGUCUACUCCUGACGCAACCUUUGUCUCGACGUUUUACCUCACUUUCCGCCUUUUCUGCAGCCCCCUCAAGCUGGCUGAGACACUCAUCGACCGCUUCCACUACGUAGGCGAGGCCCCCCAUAUGGCAGGGCCCGUUAGAUUGCGUGUGUACAACGCCUUCAAGGGCUGGCUCGAAUCGCACUGGCGCGACGAGACCGACCGUGAAGCCCUCACCCUCAUUGAGCCCUUUGCCCAGUUCGAGCUCGGUGCCGUUCUGCCUUCUGCUGGACGACGCCUUCUAGAGCUGGCUCAGCGAGUGUCCAAGGACAUUGCGCUUGUGCCGCGCCUCGUGUCCUCCAUGGGGAAGACAAACACCUCCAUCGCGCAGUACAUCCCCGCCGAUACCCCUCACCCGCCAUUGGCCAUCACCAAGAGCCAAAUCCAUCAGCUCUUCACCUGGAAGAACGGUGGCAGCAACCCUACUGUCCUCGAUUUCGAGCCCCUCGAGAUUGCCCGCCAACUCACCAUCAAGCAGAUGAACAUCUUUUGCUCGAUCAUGCCCGAGGAGCUUCUUGCAUCGCAAUGGAUGAAGAAGGGCGGAGUUGACGCGCCCAACGUCAAGGCCAUGUCGGCGCUCUCGACUGACCUGUCCAACCUCGUUGCGGAAACCAUCCUGCAGUACUCCGAGGUCAAGAAGCGAGCCGCCGUCAUCAAGCAGUGGAUCAAGGUUGCUCACCAGUGUCUGGAUCUUCACAACUAUGACGGACUUAUGGCCAUCAUUUGCAGCCUGAACAGCAGCACUAUCAGCCGACUCCGGAAGACAUGGGAUUUCGUCUCCGUGAAGCGCCGCGAGAUGCUGCGCACUCUGCAGGCCAUUGUCGAACCCGCCCAGAACAACAAGGUACUUCGAACUCGUCUACACGAUCACGUUCCUCCUUGCCUGCCCUUCCUUGGCAUGUUCUUGACGGAUCUUACCUUUGUCGACAUUGGCAACCCCGCGACCAAGCAGAUCCCCACCCUCGGCGGUGAUGGCGGUGAGGAGAACGGCGGUGGCAUGACCGUCGUCAACUUUGACAAGCACACCCGCACUGCCAAGAUCAUUGGCGAACUUCAACGUUUCCAGAUUCCUUACCGACUCACCGAGAUCCCCGAGAUGCAAGAGUGGAUGGCGGCGCAGAUUGUGCGCGUCCGCGAGAGCGACCAGGGCAACGUGCAAGUCAGCUACUACCGCAAGAGUCUGCUCCUGGAACCUCGCGAGAUGGCAGCGCGAGCUCCCAUCGAGCCCCAGACCACUGCGACGGGCACCCAGCGUGGCGGCGAUCUCUUUGGUUGGAUGAGCCGAGACCGUGGCACGACAACGCCCACACCAUUGUGA